AAUGAGAUACACUCUGUUCGUAGCCGCAUUAGUAUCGCUUGAAAAUUAGCUACGAAUGUUCGUACGAACAGAACUGCGACAACUGAAGUUCUUUUUUUCAUGUUGUAAUUCCAAUUUGGGUAUACACAAAGUCACCAGAAUUAGAUUGAUUUGGUUUGAUUUGAAUUGUCCGGGUGGAAAAAAAACCGCCAAAAAAUGAAUUCGACAGUGACAAGUAACAAGAAAAAUGUGGCCCAGUGCGUUGUUGCCGACAAAGAGCACAAAAACGUGAAAAUGAUGAAAGAACAAAAGUACGGGUGCAAAACACACGGUGACGCAAAACUGAUGGAAGACCAUGCAACGGGUGACAUUAUUUGUACAGCGUGUGCCUUCGUGGUCGAGGAGCGUAUGAUUACGGACGAAGCGGAAUGGCGAUGUUUCGAUGGCGAUACACAAGUUGAAAAAUGGUCCAAAUCUCGAACGGGUGAUGCUGGAAAUCCGUUUCUCAGCGCCGAUUUCAAUCUCGGCACCACCAUCAAAAUGCUUGCUCCAAAACAAAUGGCAUCAACAAACAAUUACAGUUCGAAUAUCGUGAAACAAUAUCAACGCCGUAGCAUUGACAAUGCACUACAGCAUGCAUUCAAGGAAAUUGCCACAAUGGGCGAUCGGCUGAAUUUACCGUCGUCGGUGCUAUCGAAAGCGAAUGCAUUGUACAGCCGUCUAUAUCGCCGCAUCAAUUUGAAGGGAAACAAAUUGCUGGUUGAUUCGAAAGCGGCCGCCUGUAUGUACAUCGCUUGCAAAGAGGAAAAUUGCAGCCGAUCGGUGCAAGAAAUCGCUGCCAUUUAUGGAACGACAAAAAGUGCUUUGUCAGCAGCCAUAAGACGAGCCCUCAAUUCUCUGGAAGUAAAAAUUCCCGAUUCACAUGGUAUCGAAAUGAUCGAUCGCUAUUGCGCCCAUUUGAAUAUCACGAAGGUGGAACGCAUCAAAGCCUGGCGCAUUGCCGAUCAAAUCGAACGACUCGAAUGGAAAACCAAAAUGCUGCCCGAAAACAUCGCGGUCACCGCCAUCCUCUUGGCCAAAAUCAGUUCACAUGGAACAAUCACCGGCAAAGAAACCCAAGAAUUGCGAACAAGCUUCAGCAAGGAAAUCAGCAAUGUGACCGGCAUCGUUGCCAAACAGAUCAUCAAAUUCUACAAUAUGGUCAAAGAUCAUCUCAACGUCAAUGUGUUCUACGACAAACCGUAGACUGAGACUCUGCCAAAAAAAGAAAAAUGAUUGACGAAACGGCAAGACCGAAUAGCUGCUUCACAGCACCAUCAAAAACACAAAACAUUAUUCGAAUCAAACUAUUUGAGUUUGUAUGAAAUCAAUGAAAAGAGAAAAACAAAAUAUUGUUUACCAAUUUAUAUAUUAUCUGUUACUGUAAGGUAGCGAACCUUAUGAAUUUAUUGUAUUUUUGUUAAGUCAAAAAGAGUACAAAGCUUCUUGAAGAUUUGAAUUGAAUUAUUUUUCAUUACUCCAAUUAUAUUAUUAUUUGUUGUUUACGUCACUUUUGUGGAAAAAGUGACGCUGUGUGAACUACAUUUAAGUGAAUAAAUCUUUUGUCACACAUUCAUUUUUUUCUGUGUAAA